AUGGUCAAAGUCACGAUUCUUGGGGCGGGGGUCACCGGUAUGACCAUCGCCAGUCAACUCCCAGUUGACUACGAAGUCACCAUCGUUGGAAAGCAUCUACCCGGAGAUCUCGAUAAGACCUGGGCCAGUCCUUGGGCUGGCGCCGUAUGGGUCGGGGUGCACAACUCCAACAAGGAAGAUCAAAGAACGCAACUUGAUGGGUUUUCAGGGCUAUGGCAUCUUGCCGAGAAAUACCCCGAGUCGAGUGUGCACAUGGCUGAGAUGAUGGAGAUCAUGGACAUUGGAUCUCCUGACGAUGUGUGGUAUCAGGGCAAGCUUCCUGACUUCCGCUUCCUUUCCAAGGACGAAUUGCCGGUGGGAGCCAAGUACGGAAUGAAAUAUAAGACCGUGGUGAUUACACCUCAAGUCUUUGUAGUGUGGAUGCGACAGAGGCUGGAAGCUCGCGGUAUCAAGUUUUUGCGAGCGAAUGUUCUCGCCUUGGGUGACUUGAAGAACCUCGGACAUGACAUUCUUAUCAAUGCUUCGGGACUUGGAUCUACCACGCUCAACGACGUCCGCGACCCUCAUCUGAUUCCUUACCGCAACCAGUCUCUUGUCAUCCGCGAUAGCAACUAUCAAGGUCUCUAUAUACGACGAGGUCCCGACGGCUACUAUUCGACUGCAUUUGCACGACAAGACGGAAAUGUCUAUAUGGGUGGUAUGCUUACCGCCAACAGCACUGAUAUCAUAGCGAAAGAGGAGAUUCGCAACAGAAUUAUUUCUCGUGUCCACGACAACCUUCCCCAGUAUUUCCCAUCCCCAAAGAUUACCUAUUAUGAUUUUGUUGGGGACCAUGUCGGGUACUGGCCCUCGCGCCUCACCGAGCAUGGGGGCAACAGGGUUGAGAAGGAAGUUCUUGACGGUCAGAGGGUCAUCCAUGCCUAUGGCCAGUUUGCCGGCGGCUACGUUAAUAGCUAUGGUGUCGCUCUAAAGGUGAGAAGAUUGGUAGAAGAGUUUUUGUAUCCGCUGGCAAGGCUCUGA